AUGACAAACAACAAGUUCAAGGUCCUGAUCGUGGGAGCUGGAAUAGCUGGCCUCUGUAUCGCGAUCGGUCUCAGGAAGCAGGGCCAUCAUGUUGUUCUGCUGGAAAGUGCACAUCAACUUUCGCCUGUUGGAGCUGGUAUACACGUACCACCAAAUGCCACAUUGGUUCUGGAGCACUGGAAUUUACUUGACAGGUUCAAGCAUGUCGCUAUUGCUCCAGCUGGCUUCAUCUUCAGACGAUACAAGAAUAGUUCGAUUCUUGCACAACCAAGUCGACCCGCUCCAUCAGACGACGCGCCCACUACCCCUUACUGGUCUAUGAAGCGAAGCGACUACCAGCAAGGCCUCUACGAAGCAACUUUGGAAGUCGGUGUAGAGAUUUUUCUGGGAAAGAGAGUCGCGACUAUGGACCAAGACAAUGCAUCGGUAACGACCACCGAUGGCGAAACUUGGACUGGCAAUCUAGUCAUUGUUGCAGACGGUAUCAAAUCUCGCCUUCGCCAGCAGAUCAUCGAUGAGCAAGACGUUUCGGCCAUUCUACAGCCACUGUCGACCUACAGGGCGAUGGUGACGCGAGAAGACCUCAUGGCCGAUCCUCAAGCUUCCGCUCUUUUUGCCAAUGGUGGCACCAAUGUCUGGCUAGGGCCAUCUCGACAUGUGAUCAUAUAUCCUGCUGAGAAUGGCAAGAUAUAUGCUGUCAAUGGCACACAUCCUGCUCACAACGAUUCUGCUGGAGAAUGGAAUAAGCCAGCCAACGUUGCAGAGAUCCAAGCAAAAUUCAACGACUUCGAUCCUGCCCUGCAAGGACUGCUCGCGAAAGUCCGAGACUGCAAGUCCUGGGCAUUGGCCGAAGUUCCACGCCUGCCUCGAUGGACCUCAAAGUCUGGCAAAGUCGUGCUCAUCGGUGAUGCUGCUCAUGGCAUGCUGCAAUUCCUUGCCCAAGGUGCAGCCAUGGCUACUGAAGACGCAGCGGCGCUCGCGGAAGCUUUGUCGCGGGCGAAGUCAGUCGAGAAUAUCCCGAAGGCUAUGCGCGUCUAUGAGAGGAGUCGCAAGUGGCGUUGCGAGAAAGUCCAAGCGAAUGCUCGACGCAAUGGCGAAUUCAUCCACAUGCCAGAUGGCGAGGAGCAAGAGCAUCGAGACCGCAAAAUGGCUGGACUUCAGCGUCCUGAUGAUCAAGAAGUUGAUACCGGACCGCUUCUGGAUCCAAAGUUCGCUUCUUGGCUGUACGGCCAUAAUGCAUUUGAACAUGUAAGUACUGUUUCCCAUCCAAUGUGCAUCGCCACCGAAAUGCUGACCUCGCCCACAGACCCGCAAAUUAUUAGAUGA